CUAACCAUUCCCCCCUCGCGCCUUUGUCUUUUCUUCUUUCUCAUACUCAGGCAUAAUGAUCUCAUAGCUUGCAGUUUAUCACUCCCUUUGAAAAUGGCCGAUCUAGUCCUCCUCGCAAUAAUUGUCCUUCCACUAGUUGUGUUCCUCCCCAGUCUCAAGACGUGGCUCGCAACUCACCUGCCCCACGCCCUGACGACCCUCACCACCCUCCGCCGCGGCCAUCGCCCCAAACAAUCCCACGAGAUCGUCGCCCUCCGAGUCUACCCCAUCAAAUCCUGCCGUGGACUCACCCUCCCCCGCACGACUUUACUUCAGCAUGGUCUCGACCUCGACCGACGGUGGAUGAUCGUCGACGCGGCGACGCACGAGUUCCUCACCAUCCGCACAAACCCGCGCAUGACGUUGAUCACCACCGCCCUGAGCAGCAGCAGCACCACCACCACCACCUCCGACGAAACAGCGCAAGACAACUCACCCCUCAACCUAACCAUCUCACUCCCCGCCCCAUCCACAUCCCCAUCCCCUACCGCACCAGCAACCACGACAAUCACCAUCCCCGCGCACCCAACCCCAACCUGGCUCGCCCAAAACACCACGCUCGCAUCGGACAUCAAAAUCUGGGACACCACGACAGACGGCUACAUCUACAGCUCCGAAGUCAACGCGCCCAUCAGCGAAUUCCUCGGCCGCGAGGUGGCGCUGGUCUACAAGGGCCCGACCCCGCGCAUCCUGCAGGGCAACGGGGCGCCGCGGCUGCUGGGCCGCGAGCAAGCCACGAACUUCCCGGACGUGCAUCCCGUGCUGAUCGCGUCGGAGGCGUCACUGGAUGAAUUGAAUGAGCGGCUGCUGCGGCAGGGGGAGGAGGCGAUCACGGUGGAGCGGUUCCGGCCGAAUGUGGUGGUGCGCGGGCGGGUGGCGUGGGAGGAGGAUACGUGGAAGACGGUGCGGGUUGUUGCUUCCUCUUCUCCUUGUGCUUCUGCGGGUGGUGAGGGGGGUGUAAAGGGUGAGGGGAGGACGGCUGGGAAAGGCUUGGAGCUGGAUAUCGUGGCGCGCUGUGCGCGGUGUCAGGUCCCCAACGUCGAGCCGACCUCGGCGGAGAAACAUAAGAAGCAGCCUUGGGAUACGUUGAUGGCGUAUCGCAGGGUCGAUGAGGGUAUGAAGUAUAAGCCGUGCUUUGGGAUGUUGAGCGCGCCCCGGCAUGAGGGGGAGAUUGCGGUGGGGAUGCGCUUGGAGGUGUUGGAGGAGACGGCGGAGCAUCGUUAUAUUGCUGGCUUUUAGGGGGUAGGUAAAAGGGCUCUGGUUGGGGAGCUGGAGGCUGACGGGGAGGGGAGAAGUGGAAGUAUAUUUGUGAGGCUAUAUAAAAUUGUUGUGUCUUGCAGUAGCGAAGAAAAGGUGGGUUAGAGUGACUUAAGGUAGAAGGAGGUAAUAGCUAAGGAAGUUUAGUUUGUAUACAUCAAGUAUUUAUUUGUAAUAUUGCU